AGUAGCAAGUUGCAUAUGCCUGCCUGCGUUCUUCUAUUUAAGGUGAAGCCAGACAGGCAAGAGGCAGGUCCGGGAACAUAUGCAAGAGGAGGCUCAGGAAGCAGCAAGUUUGCACAUCCAGGUCCAACAUGACGACUCCAUCCAUCGGUGCUAUGAGAUACGAAAUGGAGAAAUAUGUGCCUGUGCUCUUGAGCUUCGCAAUGCAAGUGGUCCUAUUCUUUGCGGGUAGAUUUCACGUGCACAUCACUGACAAGUUCACCAGGGUCUUAAUCUCAUCAACUUAUCUAGGGGCAGAUAUCAUAGCAAUCUAUGCCCUCGGUGGCCUCUCACGACAAGAGGGUAACCCCCAAUCAAUUGCUUUCUUUUGGGCGCCAUUUCUUCUUAUUCAUCUUGGUGGGCAGGACACGAUUACUGCUUUUAAAAUGGAGGACAAGAAUGCAUGGUUGACACGUUCAGGGAAACUUCUGUUCUAUGCUGUUCUGGCUGUUUUUGUUUUCUUCAAUUCUAUUGGAAGACACAAGGAGCUUCUACUUGCAGGAAUAUUUAUGUUUGCUACUGGAUUUAUCAAGUAUUUCACUAGGUCAUGGUCUCUCAAGUGGGGGAGCUUUGAAAGCAUUGAGAACUCCACUAUUCGACACAUGUAUGAGAUACAAUUGCCAGAAGCGAGCAACGGGUCGAAUAUGACCUAUUACGAUUAUGUUCUCACUGCUUUAAAUUCCAUGUUACAAAUCCAUGAUAUCUUUGCUGCACGCAGUCUCAGGUCUACUGCUAACUCUGAGAGUGAAGAUGAAGAAAUAGUAGAAUCGGAAGAAGCUGCUAGAUCCGUGAGAGAAGAUGAAGAAGCAGUAGAAUUGGAGAAAGCCACUAGGUCUGUGGAUAUAGAUCAAGAAAUAGUAGAGCAGAAGGAAUAUAAAAUAUUAAUUAAAGAUGAUGAAGUAGUAGAACCGAAGGAAAAUAAAAUCUCAACUGAGAAUGAUGAAGCUAUACAAUCCACAGGAAAUAACACACCAAUUGAAGGUGAUGAAGAAGUACAAUUGGAGGGAGAUGAAAUAUCAAUCGAAAAUAGAAAAGCAGAAUUGGAGAAAAUUAUAAUUGAAACUAUAAUAAAGCCCGAAUUAAGUUUGGUGCAGCUUCAGCUCGGCAUGAUGUAUGAUGACCUCUACACAAAGGCACUUCUUCUUAGAAAAAAGGGAGGUAUUGCACUUCGAUUCAUUGCUAUAUCUACCUCAAUUGUUGCUUUUGCCCUCUUUCUUUCAACAGAGAAACGGCGGUAUAGUAAAGUUGAUAUUGCGGUCACCAUGUCACUAUUCAUUGGAGAACUUCUCCUUGAAGUUUGCGCAGUGCUUAUUUUCAUGAUGUCUCCAUGGACGUGGGCAUGGUUGAAGGUUCGAAAGUACAACUGGCUUGCCUGUUUUUCAUGGUAUCUUUUUUCCAGUCGCAUUGGAUGGCCAGAGAAUAGGCCACGGUGGUCUAAUUCAAUGGGACAGUACAAUUGCGUGAACAGGUUGGUAGGCAUCAGCCCGCCAACAUCAUGCACACCCAAAAUUAUGACCUAUUUGAGAAACAUAGCAAACAAAGUUGGUGCUAAGGAGAUAUCUUGGAUAAACAAGCUGAUACACACUGGGUAUGUCAAGACGGAUAGAGAUACUAUGGAACGAGUUGUGUUUGGCCUUUAUGGCUUAAUGAAUGAAGUCGAUGGUCAGGAUACAGAAUACCUAGAAUGGAGAUAUGUUGGCUCAUUCCUGGAACAGAUACAAGAUGUUCUCACCGCAGACUUUGGUACUGCUCUUCUCAUGAUGCAUAUGGUCACAGAGGUUUUCCUCAGGCAAUACCCUGGGAAUCAUUCCUUGGUGGAUGUCUGCAGAAAACUGUCAAACUAUAUGAUAUAUCUUUUGGUUAACCACCCUUCCAUGCUUCCACUCAAUACCAGUGCAAUAUCCUCGAUUAAAACUGCGGAACGUAUGUUCCAGAGGAGGACUAAUGACAUCUCUGAUGUUGAGCAUUACAAAAAUAUCCAUGACUCGUUACUAGUGGGUGACCAGCCUGAAGGAGAUGGGGUACUUGACGAGCUGGUCGAAAUGUGGGUGAGAGUCCUCCUCUAUUCCGCCGGCAAGUCAAGGGCGGAGCUUCACGUGGAACAACUGGCCAGUGGAGGGGAGCUCAUCACCUUUGCUUGGUUACUCAUGGCCAAAAAUGACUGCGGUGACUCCAGGAUGAAAAGGAUUCAAAUCACAAAUUUUAGUCCUCGUGAUGAAUCUGACGAUUGCUAUGAUCUCCCUAUGAAGGAAGGCCACGCUUUCCAUAUCGUCCAUCGUAGUGAAGUCGAUAUUCAGCGUGAUUGAUGUUGUUUUGUUGAUUAACUAGUACAUGGAUGGAAUCAAGUGAGCUAGCUAGCUGCAAGUAACUUAUGUUUGUUUUCUCAUGUCACAGGGAGUAUAUUAAUGUCUUUGCUUCGGUCUGAAUGUGCUAGCUAGCUAGCUAGUCUAUGUGUGUGAUGAAAUAAUUUACAUUGUUGUGUGCAUGUAUGUGUACUAGACUAUAAUGAGCUAGUACCUUUAUUUUCCUCUUUUUUGUUCUUAGAGUCAUAGAGUGAGGGCCUAUUUUGAUGUUUUGUGUUUUUUUCUCACUUGUAAUAAAAUGUUUCCCCUUGUAAUGUUCUAGCACCAAGAAUAAAACCAGGUUUUCUUACC